AUGCCGCCACAUCUCCAUCCCCGGUCGCGGUCGACAACCGGCCUUUUCGCGGGCACUCUACUGGCGUCACUUGUGGUUGUCGGUAUCCCACACGUCUUCCCUUGCCCGGCCCCGCGUACCACAUUCGCCGACUCUGAGAUGAUCAUCGGCCCCGACGGCCAGCAAAUCCAGAGGGUGCGAAGAAGACGACGGAAGGAUGCCGAGAUGUUAGCACAAGAAGGGAACAUGCUCCCGCAGAAACCCACAAACACUGCCGAUGAAGAAAUAGCGACGUUUCUGCAAUUGGAGGAGGAAGCGAAGCAGUACGCCAACAUUAGACACGAGUGUCCAGUACCAAAGCCUACUGGGGUCAUAGGGAGCCUGCUAGGUUUCCCUAAAGGGACAGACGCGCAAGUACCUGCGGGAGAGAGUCGAUAA